AUGAUAUCGAUUAUGAAGACCUCAAUCAUUGUCCUCGUAGCCGGAAUCGCAGCCUCGGCCGUCGCCCAGGAUGCGCCGAACUACUGUGAACCUUGCGGACAACUCGACACAUUGCUGACGGUUUGCUCGGCCGCAUGGAAGGGCGCUCUCGGAGACUGUCGGGACGGCCCAUGCAAAUACGACUACGGAGACACCCCAUACGCCCGCUGUGCCGCCCCGGCCGCCGGUGCUGGCGGUACCAACACAGCGAGCAUCCAGACCCCGACCUCGGGUGCAACGAGCGUAUCCCCGCCGGCCUCCACCACCUCUGGCGCACCGGGCACCUCGGGUGCCCAAUCCUCCCCCGGUUCGUCUGUCGCGACCACCACUUUCACUUCUGGCGGAUCGACCUUCACAUCCAUCACCACCCUCGGUGCCGGUGCCGGCGCCAGCGGAAACAGAAGCGGAAGCGGAUCCGCUACCACUACUACAACUGCCGCCAGCCGAUCCGGGACUUCGACUUCUACCGACGGCUCUGGUGGCGGUGCCACUACUACCAGUGAGACUGGUGGCACUAGUCGUGCUGCUACUCCCGCCGAGACUACUGGCGGUGGCGCCGCUGGUGCUGGGUCCGGUGCUGGUGCUAUCGCUCCCGGAUUCGCUCUUCAGGCUGUGAUGGGUGUUGCUGGGUGGGUGUUGUACGCUUUGUAAUGAUAAGAAAAGAAAAAGAAAUCUAGUUUGCGAGGGAAGGGAGGUGUAGUGGUGACGAUGGUGAUGAUGAUGUUGAAGAUAAUGUGGGAUGAAGAUGUGCCGGAGAAUAAAUAUGAAUAACUUAAUGCUGAGACAAUUUCACACUUUCAAA